CUUGAUUGGAAGAACAACUGGCAACAUGCGUCCCAGGCAUGUUUCAAAAUGCAGAGAGCUAUGACAAUUGAUGACUAAUUGAUGGCUAUGACUAAAGCUGGGAUGGAGAGUGGUAUUACAGAAGGAAAAGAGGCUAAACCUCAUUCUAGGCCAUACACAGCAUCUCUUCAGCGUAACGGCCAUCACACAUGUGGAGGGAUGUUGAUUAGACAUGAUUAUGUACUGACAUCAGCACACUGUUUAAAACACGGUGAGUUCUCCAGUCGUGACCACUUAGUAGUUGUUCUGGGAGCACACAAUAUUAGCAAACAGGAGGAGAGCCAGCAGAAAAUCAAUGUGAGGAAAUACAUUCGACAUGCACUGUUUGAACAAAACAACGAGAAAGACUACAGCUAUGAUAUCAUGUUACUAAAGCUGAAGGCCAAAGCCAAGCUAAACAAAUUUGUGGAAAUGAUGCCUCUUCCUAAGAAAAAUGGAAAAACAUUAGCCAAUGUGAAAUGCUCCAUUGCUGGCUGGGGUGUAAAAAAACCAAAAGAUAAUCGAGCAUCAAGUGUGCUGCGUGAAGUCACUCUCAAAUUGCAGGAGAAUUCACAAUGUAAAGAAAAGUGGCAGGACUACUUUAACUCUGAGGGAAUGAUCUGUAGUGUUUCAGAUGGGAAAGAUGCUUUUUGUCAGGGUGAUUCAGGAAGUCCUCUUAUCUGCGAUACUAAACCGCAAGCAAUCGCUUCAUUUACCUUUGAUGGUGACUGUACAAUUAGAAAGUAUCCUGAAGUCUAUGUACAAAUCUCCUACUUCCUCUCCUGGAUUAAAAAGAAGAUUGGUAAAAAUUGAAUAUAUGACUGAAUUGAUUUCUUAGAAUUAAUAAGUAAAUUUUUACAUCUUAAAAAGUUUUAGACAUAUAAGGUUUCAUUGGCAUCAAGAAAAUUGCUUUUUUCUACAUAAGGAUGGUUCCAAUCAUAGUAACCUGGCUGCCAUGUUGAGAUAACAUGACCAAAUUUUGGAAAUUAAUCAUGGGUUAUGCCUGUAUAUAGGCAAUGGGAUCUGAACUCAAACAGCUUCUGCGUGGGUUCCUUAUUCACAGUAGCACCAUAUUUGAUUUUUAAUGGGAAUGACAAUGAGGCUGUGAGGGAUAGACAUACAUCUCUUCAAUGGCAUGCCCAGUAUAAAGCUGUAAAAGAUCACAUCUUAUUUUCCACAACUCUGUUGUAUGGAGUUUUUUGUCUACUGGAUUUUCUUGGGUGGAAUGUUUUUUCAAUGUUUUGUCCACGUAACGAUCCAAAAACACUUUUAACUAGAAGUACAACCCAUUGAAGAGACUGAAGUCUAUCCCUCACAGCCUUGUCAUUCCUGCAGUGAAUAAGGUCAUAUGCACAACCUUUUUUUCACAAGAGGCAAAAUAAUGAUGAAAACGGAACCUUCAAAGAAAAUACAUGGGGAAAAAAUGCAUUUAUUCUCCAUUCUUUUCUGUAGUGCUCGUAAAAAGAUAAUGUGAAUUGCCAUUGAACUUGCCUAUGCAUAUAUCCUAACAGUGUUUAGUUCUACAUCGUUCUCAAUCCUGAACAUCAUCAAAUCAGUUUGUUCACCGUUUCUAAUGAUAAUUGUCUGCACAAGUAUCUGGCUUCUGUGUGCAAAUUAAUGUGUGCAGGAUAAGGAAGGCAAAUUUUUCCCUCAUUGAAUUGGAGAAUAAUAAACAUUUUAAAAAGGAAAAACAGACAUAAUGCUCUUUUACAGUUUUAGGCUACAUUUAUUUUGUGUAAAAAGAUGUUGAUAUUGACAAAGAUACACACUUUAGCAUAUCUAAAUAGUCUUUCUCAUAAAUAAUUACCCUACUUUGCAUGUUUUUAUUUUCAAAGUAAAGCUAAUCAAAACCUAUUUAUUAGUUGAGGAUGUAAGGUCAUUUUUGAUUUUCAGCCAGAUCUUAAGAAGCAAUUUACAGCCAGACCUUGAAAAUGUUAUUUAAAGACCUCUUUUAAUGUAAUUAAAUACUAUUUUAAUGUAAAUAAAAAUUAUUAACCAUUUUGUUUUUACAUGUUAACAUGUUAGUUACAAUACAAGUGUUAGGCAAGAUAAAUACUGAUAAAAUGUUUGGCCCCAGUUCAUUUUAUUAAUCCCUAAGAUUAUUUACUCCAGUUCAUUUUAUAAAUCCCCAAGAUUAUGUACUUAUAUUUAAAUAAACAUAUGUUGUAAACAAAAACAUU